GACCUGGUUUGGCAUUUAUUACAUAUCCUCGUGCAGUCGCCAUGAUGCCUUUUCCUCAGAUAUGGGCUAAAUGCUUCUUUAUCAUGCUCAUCUUGUUGGGCGCAGAUACGCAGUUUGUGAGUCUGGAGUGUUUGAUGACUUCAGUCACAGAUAUGUUCCCCUCUACGCUUCGGAAAGCUCAUCGCAGAGAACUGCUGCUGCUCUGUCUCUGCACUGUUUGCUUUCUUCUCGGCCUGCUUCUCGUCACAGAGGGGGCGCUGUAUUUCCUCCAGCCUUUGAUUUCUAUAUUUUGCAGUGGCAACACUCUUCUCCUCCUUUCAGUCUGUCAGUCCAUAGCAAUUGGAUGGAUAUAUGUUCUUAUGUGUCCUCGCUGGCUUGGGAUCCUCAGGGAGGAGCUGGAAGACGGUGCUGAGGAGAGAGAUGUUUGGGUUUCCCUUUGAGAAACGAACAGAAGAAAAAUGGAUGGAUGAAAAAAUAAUUGUGUCCAUAUGUAUCUCUAGCUUUCCAGCCUGCAACUGAUGCUGCCAUAAAAUGUUCUUAUUUUAUGCUUGUUGAAGAUGUACUAUGAAACAAAUUGUGUAUUGACACAAAUAUGAAAUGAUCAGAGCAUUACAAGAUUAUUUUUUUCUGCUUUAAUUCUUAAAGAUAAUCCAAAAAUAGAUAACUCACAAAAGGAAAUCUUUUUAAGACAGGGAAUCGUCAAACAAUAUGAGUUUUUAAAAAUACAUUUUCACAUCAAAACUGUUAGUCAUCCAUAACAUUUUCUUUUUAUUUCAUUGGGCCACAUUUGCAACUUUCUGAUUGUCUAUUCCUUAUUUAAAAAUCAAAUUUGUACCUUUUUAUUUUAAACUUUAGUAAUUUAAAUUUUCUCCUUUUU